AUGGGGCAGCUGGAGCCUGUCUUUCUGUUCUGUGAUGAGCAGACUGACAUCAAGAUGCUGCUCGGUGCGUAUGUUUGUGGUGAGACUGUAGGAGAGUUUGUGUGGCGGCCUGGCGUUGUGACAGAAGCUCUUCAAAAGGGCAGGCCGCGUGGAGUGUGA